AUGACUGGUCGUGGUAAAGGAGGUAAAGGUCUUGGAAAAGGAGGCGCUAAGCGCCAUCGCAAAAUCCUUCGUGACAACAUUCAGGGUAUCACCAAACCUGCCAUCCGUCGUCUUGCUCGUCGUGGUGGAGUAAAACGUAUCUCGGGUCUCAUCUACGAAGAAACUCGGGGUGUCUUGAAAGUGUUCCUUGAAAACGACGCUGUUACCUAUACAGAACACGCCAAGCGUAAGACCGUCACGUCUCUUGACGUUGUAUACGCGCUUAAACGACAAGGACGUACUCUUUACGGUUUCGGUGGAUAA